AUGUCGCGUCUGGUCCGCUGGCUGUUGAUGCUGGCCCUGCUCGUACUGGUCACGACAUCGACCGCGAAGCAGCUCCAAGAAAAGAAACAAAAGAAAGUCACAAGCUUCGUGGAUGACAAGCACCUCGAAACCAACUACCCCCACCUCAUCGGUCGCGUCGAAGGCGCGUACCACCUAGCCCCCGUCUGGAAACAGAACGUUGCCGCCUGCAUCGGGUAUAUCCAAAUGGCAGGCUUUGCUCUCCUCCUCUUUGGGGAGCACAUCUUGUCGGCUCUGAGCCUACCCGCGGACUUUUACCUGUUCACCCAAAUGCGCGAAAACAAGUUUGUUGCGUUUGGUGUGCUCAUGGUCCUCGGAUCCGUGUCGCAAUCGAUGCUGACGACGGGUGCGUUUGAGGUGUUCUACAACGACGAGCUCAUCUUUUCCAAGAUACAGGCGAAUCGGUGGCCAUCCAUGCAGGAACUCGUCCAGCUUUUGAGCGCCAAGGGAUUGUCCAGGCAUUAG